CUUGUGAUGUAGCGCUCCCUCCUGCUGCUGGGCGGUCAGAAAGCUGGAAGUGCGCUUGGUAGAGAGAGAGAGAGAGAGAGAGAGAGAGAGAGACAGCGAGAGAUACGCUGCGCCUCUGUCUGGAAGAAAAGGUGGCUUUGUCUGGAAACCCGCUGCCAGAGUGACGUUCAGGACCGUCUUUCUUUCUGCGUUUGACUUCAUUUCUUCCCGCUUCCCCCCAGAGCCUGAAGGAUCCUCGCGCAGCUUUGGAUGAUGGAGAGGAAAAAAGCUGAUGUUUGUGAAAGCUGUCGAAAAAGUGCGCAGAAGUUCCUUGAAAAUGCAGCCUCUUCUAAUACGCGAGUUUUGGUAACCCCCCCUUCACGCGGCCGGUUACAUGGAGGGGCUACAGGAAGCUGUUUUUAAUCGGAUUAAGGAGAAAAACUCUGAUGAAAAACUUUGUUCCAGACGGAAAGACGAAGCGGUGACUUGCUGAAAAGCAGUUUUUCCCCCCCUCCUCCCUCCUGCAUACACUGAUUUGUGCGCCUCCCAAAAAAUGCGCCCGGGGAGACCUCACAAGUCCGGUAUGACGCGCCUGCUGCUCCUCCUCGUGCUCGCCGUGUCCUGCCGCUGCUGUCCGGACAAAUGCCUGUGCUCCUUAGAAACUGUGAAAUGCCAAAACCAGGACUUCGUCGAGAUGCCACCUUCCUUACCAGCCAAUACCAAAUCCCUGUUCGUCACGGGAAACAAAAUCGCUCAAAUAAGCGAUUCCUCUUUCCCCACCCGUCUGGAAAAGCUGUCAGAAUUGUACCUGAGCGGCAAUGAGAUGGAGUAUGUGCAUGCAGGGGCGUUCAAAAACUUGCCAAACCUUGUACGGCUGGACUUGAGUAACAAUUCAUUCCAGAAUUUCAGCGAAAGCGCUUUCCCUGAUGAUAGUAAACUGCAGUUCCUCAACCUCAGCAGGUCUCUUAACAAUUACACCACCCUUCAUUUCUUUGUCCAUGCAAACCUUUCCAACCUCACCUCCCUGGACCUGUCCAACAACGAUCUGCUCUUACUGCCGGACGGCAUGUUCAAGGGCCUCCCCGGCCUGGCCACCCUGAACCUCCGCAACAGCUCCCUCAUCAAGUUCCAGAGCGUGGACAAGAACGGGGCUCUGCCGGCGCUGAGUGACCUCGACCUGAGGGACAACAACCUGAAGGAUCUGCCCAACGCCACGAUGGCUGGCUUUGACCUCCGCCUCGACCUUCGCGUCCAGCUAGCAGGGAACCCGUGGCGCUGCAACUGCUACAUCAGCGACCUGCUGGCGUGGCUGAAGGACUCCACCCAGGUGGUGGACAAGAUUGAACUGACCUGCGCCGAUCCCGAGGCCGUGAGGCACCGGCCCCUUCUGCAGGUGCAGCAGUCCCAGCUGACGUGCACGGGCGACAUGGAGAGGGUCCUGAAGACAUCGUACGUCUUCCUGGGCCUGGUGCUGGCCCUCAUCGGGGUCAUGUUCCUGCUAGUGCUCUUCUUGAACAGAAAGGGCAUCAAGCGAUGGAUGUACAACAUCCGGGACGCCUGCAGGGACCACAUGGAGGGGUACCACUACCGGUACGAGAUCAACUCUGACCCGCGCCUGGCCAACCUGAGCAUCAACUCGGACGUGUGAGGGUGGGCGAAGCGGUGGGAAAGGGUGGGGGGCAAUGUGAUGGACUCGGCAAUUAAAUGACUCAAUGCUGUUCAACUUUUGCAUGAAAGUCUUCCUUCCUUCUUUUGCCCCCUCCCCUCCCCGCAACCUCCAAAACACAGCACAACGACGCCAUUCAGAUGCUGCAUCCGUCAACGCUUUUGAUUGCCCUCUGCUGCAUGUCCAACUCAAAUGUUUGGCGGCCGUCAUGCCAGCUGCGGUUUUUUUCCCUCUGUGUUGCAUUGCAUGGACGAUGACUCAAGGCAAUUUUCUUUUUUGAGGAAACCUCCUGCAAAUUGUCUUUUUACUUGCCUAUAAGGACAACUGAAUGGAGUGCUGCAACUUUUAAGUGAAACGCCACCUGUCAACUGCGUCCUAGACGAUGGGACUCUUGCGGGAGAGAGAUGUUAUACUGCUUGAGUUUGUCCUCUUUUUUUGGGAUGUAAAGAUGUCAUGCAGUGCAAACUAUGCCUUUUUCUGGACUGAUUAUAAUACACAUAGCAUAGUAAAUGGAUUUUGUAGAUUUAGGUGAUUGCUCUGUUUAUUUUUACUUUUAUUUUCCUGUAAGGAUAUUUAGCUAAAUAAAUUUUAAAAAAGCAUCUGGA